GGAGGAAGGGGGCUUGUCUGGACUCCUCAUCCGCAGAUCUGGGAAGGAAGCGACUGCAGCAGAAUCGGCUCCUGCCCAAUGGCUCAGACUGCUGAGUGAGAGCGGCGCGCUUGUGGGUCUGUCCCCCCUCCCUCCUUCCCUGCUGAUCUCGCCUAGCGUAAUUGGAGUAGAGAGCGGAGGGCGCAGUAGACGCCUUCAGACAUGGCGGGCACCGAAGGCAUCUCAGCAGAUGCAGUUUCAACAUCUGCCUACGCAUCUCCAGCAAGAAGUUUAGGAGAUCCAGGAAUCACACCCUUGUCUCCUUCCCACAUUGCGGCGAUGGGAAGGAGGAGAUCCUGGUGUGGCCAACCAGAAGACACCAACAACUAUUCUCUUGACCCCAGAACGAAAGUUCCAUAGUUUUGGUUAUGCGGCUAGAGAUUUCUAUCACGACCUAGAUCCUAACGAAUCAAAACACUGGCUCUAUUUUGAAAAAUUUAAGAUGAAGCUCCACACAACCAGUAAUCUCACUCUGGAAACUGACUUGUCAGCAGCAAAUGGCAAGAAAGUCAAGGCCCUUGAAAUAUUUGCAUAUGCUCUGCAGUACUUUAAGGAACAAGCAUUAAAGGAACUGAGUGAUCAAGCUGGGUCAGAGUUUGAAAAUUCUGAUGUGCGAUGGGUCAUCACAGUGCCUGCUAUCUGGAAGCAGCCUGCAAAGCAGUUUAUGAGGGAAGCUGCCUACAAGGCAGGCAUGGCAUCCCCAGAGAUUUCUGAACAACUGAUAAUUGCCUUGGAACCGGAAGCUGCAUCAAUUUAUUGCAGGAAGCUCCGCCUUCAUCAGAUGAUAGACCUAAGCAGCAGAGCUCCUGUCAACGGCUACACUCCCAGUGAAACUAUUGCCUCAGGUUUUACACCAGCAAAAGAACACAUUCGACGAAAUCGACAAAGCCGCACCUUUUUGGUUGAAAACGUCAUAGGAGAAAUCUGGUCCGAGUUGGAGGAAGGUGACCGUUACAUAGUUGUGGAUGGGGGAGGAGGAACAGUUGAUGUGACUGUGCACCAGAUCAGGUUACCGGAAGGACACCUGAAGGAACUAUACAAGGCAACAGGAGGGCCAUAUGGCUCUUUAGGCGUAGACUAUGAAUUUGAAAAACUUCUGUGCAAAAUAUUUGGUGAAGAUUUUAUUGAACAAUUUAAAAUCAAGCGACCUGCUGCCUGGGUUGAUCUGAUGAUAGCAUUUGAGUCUCGGAAGAGGGCAGCAGCUCCAGAUCGGACAAAUCCACUGAAUAUCACCCUGCCUUUUUCUUUCAUCGACUACUAUAAGAAGUUUCGUGGUCACAGCGUAGAACAUGCCUUAAGGAAAAGCAAUGUGGAUUUUGUGAAGUGGUCCUCCCAAGGAAUGCUGAGAAUGAGUCCUGAUGCAAUGAAUGCCCUCUUCAAACCUACAAUUGACCACAUUAUAGAACAUCUCAGUGAGAUUUUUGACAAACCUGAACUGACAAAUGUAAAGUUUCUAUUCCUUGUGGGUGGAUUUGCAGAAGCCCCACUUCUACAACAAGCUGUCCAGAAUUCUUUUGGCUCAAAAUGCCGAAUCAUCAUCCCUCAAGAUGUGGGGCUCACCAUCCUCAAAGGAGCAGUCCUCUUUGGUCUGGAUCCUGCUGUCAUUAAAGUGCGUCGUUCCCCCUUGACCUACGGGGUGGGAGUCCUGAAUCGCUACGUGGAAGGGAAGCACCCUACUGAAAAGUUGCUACUUAAAGAUGGCACCCGUUGGUGCACCGAUGUCUUUGACAAGUUCAUAUCGGCUGACCAGUCCGUGGCACUUGGGGAGACCGUGUCCCGCAGCUAUACCCCUGCCAAGCCUUCUCAGCUGGUCAUUGUGAUCAACAUCUACAGCUCGGAACACGAUAAUGUGAAUUUCAUCACUGAGCCUGGAGUGAGGAAGUGUGGCACGCUGCGCUUGGAUCUCACAGGAAGUGACAAAUCUGUGCCAGGCCGGAGGGAAAUCAAAACGCUAAUGCAGUUUGGAGACACUGAGAUUAAAGCCAUGGCAAUUGAUGUUGCCACUUCUAAAAGUGUAAAAGCUGGCAUUGAUUUUCUAAACUACUGAUUUUCUUUUCUUUUCUUUUCCAUGACCCUCACCACCUAUUGUUUCCAUGUUCUGUUCACUGGCUGCCAAAAACAUCCUGAAUUUUGGCUAGAUAGAUAAAGCAUAGAAGAAGAAAGCAUCAGGAUUUUUAAUUAUUAUUUUUUGCUCUUCAAAUUACCAAUAUGGAGUCUGAACAUAGAGUUAUCAGGUGCUACAUAGUAAAGUGAACAACUCAAAUAUGUAAUGAAAAUUAAGCGCUGAAAUAUUACUUCUCUAUUUAUUUGGGAGACAUGUUGCUUUACUUGAUGUCUUUCAUAUGUUCUGAAUUCUAGGGCCUAAUAAUCAAACCUGUUAUUUCUACAUUUAGGGUACCAACUAAUGUACUUUUUUUUUUUUUGAAGCACUAAAAGUGAAAUUUAUAACCAUGAUUUGUGGUUAUCCAUUUCACAGUAGAAAUUCGUUUUCAGCUAUUUUAAAAGAUAACCUCUCUUAUUUAUAUGAUGGAGUAGGAAUACUGGAAUUUAAGCAUGUAAAAUUGCAAAUGAACAGGUUUAGAAAUUGGGUCUUUGUAGCACAAAACUGUUGUUCGUUUAUAGGAUCAAAUGACUUGUUGGUUUGGUGGGGGUUUGCUUCUAUUUUAAGUUAGUAAACCUGUUAGAGUUGCAAUCUUAUUAAAGAAAUGAUCCAGUA